CUCCCAGACCUGGGCUAUUGGAAUCCUGGAUGUGUUUGGGUUUGAAGAAUUUCAAAAGAACGAAUUUGAACAACUCUGUGUCAACAUGACCAACGAGAAGGUGCAGGAGUACAUCAGCCAAGAGCUUUUCCUCCAGGAGCAAGAGGAGUGUGUCCAGGAGGGAGUCGCCAUGGAAACCACUUACUCUCCCGGGAACCAGGCAGGAGUCCUGGAUUUUUUUUUCCAGGAGCCUGCUGGGUUCCUGUCCUUGCUGGACGAGGAAAGCCACGCGCUCUGGGCCGCGGAGCCCGGCCUCCCCCGGAAGCUGCAGGGCCUCCUGGAUGCCUCCAACAGCAACGCUGUCUACUCCCCGGCCAAGGAUGGCAACGGGAACGUGGCCUUCAGGGAGCAGGGCGCUGCCUUCACCGUCAUGCACUACGCGGGCAGGGUGACUUAUGAAAUCACUGGAACCGCUGAGAAGAAUAGAGACGCCCUUUCCCAGAGCCUUCUGUUUCUGAUGAAAACUAGUGACAACGUCAUCAUCCGCCAUCUGUUCCAGUCGAAACUGUCACCCACGGGGUCCCUGGUGCCUUCUUAUCCUCCCUUCAAGUUCAGAGGACAGAAAUCAGCCGUGCUCAGUAAGAGAUUGGCAGUAGCUUCCUUUGCUAGAGGAGACAGGAACUAUCUCGAGCUCAGUAAG